AAUGAAAAAACUGCAGUGAGAAUUAUCAUCUGUCUUAUAAUCAGUAAGAUUUCAUAUUGAAAUUUAGUUGAAACUUGUUAACUUAUCAAAAAUGUUUUCCUUCUCAGUGUAUAACUACUUUUUAGUAGUAGUUCUUUAUCUCAUCACAACCGAAUGCAGCACUACAUUUGCCCCAGGAAUUGUACCUGCAAAAUGUUUGCAGUGCCUCUGUGAUAUUGAAACCAAAUGCAAGCCUGCAGAUUGCUAUGGGGGUGAUGGCCCAAUUACAUGUGGAUAUUUUCAAAUAUCAAAAGCUUUUUAUGAUGCAUGUGGGUCUCCAGGAAGCAGUUGGCAGCAAUGUACAAAAGAUAAAUAUUGUUCUACCUUGUGCGUCCAAAAUUACAUGAAUAAAUAUAUUAACAACUGUGUUCAACCAAAUUGCCUUAACUUUGCUCGGUUGCACUUUGGCGGUCCAUCAGGUUGUGCUAAUCCAAACACUUUACUAUUUGCUCUGAGAGUAAAUAAAUGUUCAGAGAGUUAAUGAAAAGAAAUUUCAGUAUAAUUAAAACCAAAUAAAUACAUUCAAUUAAACAAAUGACAUCCUGAUCUUGUGAAAAUUUCACUUAAAGAAAAAUUUUUGUAAUUUUGCUGAUUUAUAUGAAAUCAACUAACAGGUCUUUCCAAGUAAAGAAAUUUGCAAAUUAGAAACAAACUGUAUAUUAUCUAUAAAAAGCAAAAAUAUGUAAUGAUUCAAUAAAAUUCUAAUCUCUCAAAUCAAAACA